CAUCCCUAUGAAUAGUGUUUCCAAUCCGCCUAGUCAAACUGCCUCGAUAAGGUUUCAUAACUGUACAGUACUUCUGCUAUUUUAAAGUUUCCGGACAUUAGUUCCAGUACCCAAAUUCUUGUUUCAACAUUUUUGGGUGAUUAUCCUGCAAUUACCGACAGUACUUUGUACCAUUUGGGCGGUAAUUUCCAUUUUUUAUCAGUCAUCAUGUCAAUGAUUAAUCUACCUCCCAAGUUUUCUGUUGUGCGUUUUUAACCCUCUUUUUCAGCAAAGUGCUAUCAGGAAAACUUUGUCCUCGGCCAUUAGGGAGUACACCAGUGCCAGGCAUCGCUAAACAAGGAAAGACAAAAGAAAAGAACCGAGCGAGCCAACUUGGUGCGGAAAUUAGAAUCACAUCUGGGUUUUGCUGCCGGUGAUGAGUGCCGUUUCCAUAUAGUGGGCUAUUUCUGUGAUGCUUUCUUGAGACGAUGCUACGACUAAGUGUCAUUUUGCUCCUGUGCACCAUUGUUCAGGUGCAGGGAACGUGCCCAGACGGUUACUCACAGUUCUCUGGUACAUCAAAAUGCUUUGCCUUGAAACCUACUGAGGCUGCACAAACCAGGGUAACAUGGCAAGAAGCAUCCACCCAGUGCGCCCAAGAUGGAGCCACUCUUGCCUCUAUCCAAGAUCUUAAUGACCAAGUGUACCUGAAUGUGUUUCUGAAGACUGCGUCUCAGUCUGAUGGCGUAUGGAUGGGACUGAGUGACACAGCCGUUGAUGGCGAAUACAGAUGGCCAGAUGAUACUAAUACCUCUGGUUACAACAAUUGGGAUCUAAAUCAACCAGACGAUAAUAUACCUGCGGGGCAGCGGUGUGUUCGGCUAGUUCCUGAUGAUCGAACACCGGGUUUGUGGAAAACAUUCCUAUGUGAUGAAGCAAGCACGCCCUAUUUCCUCUGCGAAGUAGCUCCUACAGACGAUACUGAUCCGGUACAGCCAUCAUGUCCAAUAGGUGGCAGUGAUGCCGACUAUUUUGUUUAUGACGGGGCUUGCUUCAAAAUCACCAGCAGCGGAAUGUCAUCAGCUGAUGCUGAAGAAGCGUGCCGGGCAACCGGAACUAAUGCACAUCUGGCGACAGUGAGCAACGCGUAUCAUAACAAUGCCAUCCGUCUGUUGUUGCUGGGUGCGGGCGAAACAACGUCAUGGAUUGGGCUGAAGAGCACCCGAGGGGCGUUCACCUGGAUUGAUAGAUCUCAACUCGUCGUUUAUACCAACUGGGAUGCAAGGGAACCACAACCUUCCGAUACCAAAUCCUGCGUGUCUACAGACGGUGACAUGUGGACCACUGAGGAUUGCGAAGGGAACAUGACAGCCAUCUGCUCCAUCUCAUUAGAUGCGGGCCCCGAACGUCCACAGGAAGGUGAAUGCCCAGCAGGCUGGAGUUUCAUAGGCCUCUAUGAGUUUUGCGUCCAGUACGUCAGCGAAGGCAUGAAUUGGACGGCAGCACUGCAAGAAUGCACCGCCAGGUACCCCUUCGCUUCCCUGUAUGCUCCGCACAGGGAGAUGCCAAUCAACUGGGCUGAAUACGAAAUGGCCGUUGGUACAGAAUUCUGGCUCGCAAUGAGGAGAAAUGAGGAUGACAGGUAUCAAAUGGCUGAUGGGAGUGCGAUAGAUUACGUUAACUGGGCAAACAAUCAACCUUGUUGUUGGGAUUCUAAUCAGGACUGCGUUGUUGGAACUGUGCAAGCCUCGGAUGCUCUCUUUGAGUGGUCAGGUCGUGACUGUGAUCUCCAGAAACCCUUCUUCUGUGUAUUUCCUUCAAUUACGGCUCCCCCACCAUAUGGCGAGUGCCAGGAGGGUUGGUUUAAGCUUGGCCAGAAAUGCUACGGAUAUUUUCCCGAGGAGGUAACAUUUGCUGAGGCCCGGAGUAACUGUGAGAGUAAUUUUGUCGGUGGACACCUUGCCGCUAUCAGCUAUACCAGUCUACAGGAUAUGCUGGUCUACUUCAUGAAAAGCUACGCCAAAAAUGUCUGGAUCGGCCUUUUGGAUACCACCAACAACAAAGAAUUCAAAUGGACAAACGGAGACAGCGUACUGUUUACCAACUGGGCACCGGGCCAGCCAGAUGGGUACUUGGACUUCUUUGAUGAAACUGAGUACAAGAAUGACUGCGGGAUGAUGAUGGCCGAUCCAAUCACACCUGGCUUAUGGGAUGACGUCAGCUGCGGAGGGACCAAGCUGCCUUACUUGUGCGAAAGCUACAUCGAUCCUGUGAUAGCCCCACAGCCGCCCCCAAACUCGUGCCCCCCGGGCUACAUUGAAGAUUUUUACGGGUCGUGUUACACCUUGUUGCCAUUCAACCUGGAAUACGACAACGCCUUGGCAGCGUGUCAGAGUAACGGAUCUAGUCUGGCCUCCAUUGCAGACGGAUACGAGCAGGGUUUUUUGCAGUAUGUCAUGACAGUUUUCAGUGACAUACCCACGUCUUUGUGGAUUGGGAUAAACGAUAGAGAUGGCGACGGCGAAUACACCAAUACAGAUGGGACUCCAGUCACCUAUGUGAACUGGCUUGACACUAACUCACCGCAAGCCGGAAUGUGUGUCGCUGCUCAGAAAGGCUCAAAGUGGUUGGAGAGUAAUUGCACCGAAGGACGUGCGGCCAUCUGCAAAAUACCUGCUGCACCUGUUACCCCUGCUCCUCGUGAAACACAUUGCGACGAAGGCUGGAUAAAAUACGAAGGCGAUGGCUUGUGUUAUCUGAUCAACACGUAUCGCCUGCCCGACGAUCUCACCGACACUGUUUUCGUCUCGUAUGCCGACGCGAAGCGGCUAUGUAAGACCCAGGGGGCCACACUCGCGAGCAUCCACACUGCUGCGCAGAAUGACUGGCUGUAUAAAGUGUCUCGUGUCACCUUGGGACAGAGAAACAUCUGGAUAGGCAUGCAUCGGUCGACUGAGGGUAUGUUGCAAUGGGACGACGGUUCUGUGGUGAACUAUAUAUUCUGGGACGAAGGGGAGCCCAGCUCUGGUCAGGAGGGGACGGACUGCGUGUCAUUAUUCGCUGGGAAUGACGGCGUAGGACCAUGGAAGGACGAGAGGUGCUUCAAACUCAAUGCCUUCAUUUGUCAAAAGCCGGCCAAUGAUGGACCUGAGCCACAAUGUGAACCAGAAUGGCAGUUCGGUGGACAAAAUUGUUUCUACUUUGCGAUGGAGAUGAUGAGCUGGGAGGAGGCCGAGAUGUCUUGCAAUCAAAUGGGAAGCAACCUCGCAAGUCUCAACGAUGAAGUUGAGCGAAGGAAUCUCUCUACCAUCCUCAUCUAUGAAUUCCCAGAGAUUGUAGAGUACUGGCCUUGGAUUGGAUUCCGUCGAUUACCAAACGCCGCAGACUUUACAUGGUCCGAUGGCACUCCUACCAGUUCUGAUGAAAGAGCUACAUCAUGGAGCCUAGGCCAACCGGACAGUGAUGACGAUGAUUGUGCCGUCAUUGAACUCAAAGGUACCUAUGAAGAGUGGAAUGACAUCAACUGUGGGCUAUCGCGGCCCUUCAUUUGCAAGAAGGCACCCGACUCUCCAGGCCUGCCUACUCCAGCGAUGACGCAAGAGCCGCAAGGGGGCUGUCAGUCUGACGGAACUCGCAUUGGCACUCAUUGCUAUAAAAUGAACUGGGAUCCACUCAACUGGGACGCUGCUCGCACGGAGUGUGCCAAGUUUCCCAAUGGCGAUCUAGCCUCCAUACCUAUCUAUGCUGUGCAAGCCCUGAUGGCGUCACUGCAAAGCCAGGUCCCUGUUGACAGCAUCUGGAUUGGACUGACCUCCCGGAUGCCUAACAGUGACUUUGUCAGGGUAUUCCACUGGAUUGAUGGCAGCACCUUGAACUUCCAAAACUGGGGAGCUGGACAGCCUAGUUUACCCACGGAUGAGGAUAACUGUGUGAAGAUGUUAACUGAUCCUGAUGCGCCAGGCAAGUGGUAUGACGACGACUGCAGCAAAGAAUAUACAUCUGUCUGCAAAUAUGACUUGGAUCCAAAUUCUCAGCCUGUACCACCCGCGACUUUUGCACCGUGCCCGAAUGGUUAUUCCGGCUCGGCACCAUCAUGCUUCAGGAUCGAAACGACCGAACGUACCUUCUCCAAUGCAAUGGAUGCAUGCACGAGAGUUGGCGGUAUCCUAGCUCCAGUCAUGGACGGCUAUGAGAAUGCUUUCACCGAACUGCUUAUGUACAAUAGCGGCAUCGAAUCUGCGUGGGUCGGCCUCCGUUCAGAUUCUAGUACCUCAGGAACUUAUGAGUGGAUUUCUGAUCAGUGGCCUAAGAAAUACCUGAAUUGGGCUGGCCAGGAGCCGGUGCUUGAGCUGGGAUGUGCAGCGUCCAUGUACUCCGAGGGCUGGAAAUCUAUGGGCUGCACUACUGCGAGACCGUCCAUUUGCAGAUCCAACCAGGACAUACCCCCGACUUUCCCCCCUGUUGGCCCGGGUCUGGAAUGCCCAGAGAAUUGGUAUCCAUUCGAGAACCAGUGCUACCUGAUUGACACCGGUUUCACCAGUGACAACCUGCUGAACACGUACUUCAAGUGCGCGACGAUCAGCGCCUUGCCGCCAAGCAUUCACAGCCGGGAUGAAAACACCUUCAUCAGGAUCAAUUCCCUCAACGAAAAGACGGGAAAGUUUGUCUGGAUUGGACUGGUCACACAAGGAGGCACAUAUGCCUGGAUGGACGGUAGCGUUGUUGAUUUCACCUACUGGGCGGACGGGGAAGAGCCGACGCCUAACGACGGGAAGGAAUGCGUAGCGAUGGUCCCAGAACUGGACGGCAGAUGGCAACGGAAGGAAUGCAGUCUACAAGCUGAAGUAGUCUGCAUGCUGUUUGAACCAAGCAUACCUACUGCUACCACAAAACUUACAGACAAGCCAGAACCACCAACCGAUAGUGUUGUCACGGAGCAACCACCUAUCCUAAGCACCGGCGCCAUUGUUGGUAUCAGUGUCGGCGGCGCUGCGAUUCUCCUACUCUUCAUCAUCUGGCUCUGCUACUUCUGCGAGAAGCAGAUGAACAACAGAAAAGAGUGGGAGCAGCAUCAACGAGAGGACAACAUCGAUGUAGACUACGGCGUCGAAAACGUCCAGUACAGCGAAGAUAUUGAGCUCCGGAAGAAGAAACCCGAGCAGGUCGCCGUCAAGGUUGAAACCGAGUCAGAUGGGAGCGAGGACUCCUCAUCGGUGUCCAGUGGUUCCUCUGGAGGAUCUGGAAAGGGUGCGUCCGGAGGAAAGGGUGCGCCCGGAGGAGGAAAGGGUGCGUCCGGAGGAAAGGGUUCGGCUGGAGGAAAGGGUUCCGCCGGAGGAGAGAGUUCAUCUGGAGAAAAUGAGUAUGAAGAAAAAUUGUAGAUGCUCACGCUCGAUUACAAAUUGUUUUGGUCUGAAAAAUCAAUUUACGGUUUUAUGUAGGGGGUUGAUAAUGAAACUUUGUUGUGGUACAUGAUACGAUCAAAUGAGCAUUAUUUCAAAAUACUCAAAAUAAAUUAAACAAAAAAAAUGAUGACUGGCUUUGUAUUCAAAGGCAAUUGAUACUCUGAUUGCAAAACGUUUGAUUAGACGGUUUUGUUUAAAGGGCCCAUGCAAUGUAAUCAUUGUUAAUGCAAUCGUUGAAUUGAAAAUACACCUUUACUUGAUGUCCCAUUUAAGUUAACCUUAUUUCAAUUUUCAUUUUGCCACUUUCAAGUGUUUUUUGGAGCCUUUAAGGUUUUUAUACUAAUGUAAAUUUCCAUAUAUGAGCAAAAGUGUGAUGUCAUUUUAGACAAAAACCUGUUACGUUACCAAAAGCACCAAAGAAUUUUUGAUAUUUUGCUGUCGUAAAUUGUCUUUUUUCGAGUGAUUCGUGGUUGUGUCAGUACAUGGCAGUAUAGCCAG